UUGUUUUUUGCAAUUGGACCAUUUUUCAGUGAGUUACAGCGUUUCGAAGUUUAUAGCGUCUCUCCAUGGUCCGUGCCUUGCGUACUUUAGUGGCCCGCAUUCGGCUUCUCAUCACUUCUUGCCCAGCGGAAAUAGCGGAGUUGUGCAAUGACAACUUGAAAGCAGCGCAAAGGGUGUAUGCCGCUAGGUUUCCCGACAGACGAUACCCGACGCGCAAGACUAUGAAAUUAUUGCUUCGCCGUGCUCAACAGGGUUAUUUAAAACGUAACAGGAAAAAGACUGGCCCAAAAGAAAAUAAUAUUCUGGUGACGCUGGCAGCAGUUGAACUAAACCCCAACAUCUCGACAAGGAAUAUUGAAAACGAGCAUAGUAUCCCACAAAAGACAAUGAAGCAACAUUUACCAACCGAGGAGGACUGAACCGACACAACUGCCAUUAUUGGUCUAAUAACAUUCCAUAAUGGCAGCGGAGCGUGGAAUACCAGCACCUAUGGUCGAUUAAUGUUUGGGGUGGCAUUAUCGGGACCCAUGUAAUUGGACCUUACUUUUUCGAAGGCCAUUUAAAUAGGGAAACCUUCUUACGAUUUAUGCAAUAUGAGUUGCCAAACCUCGAAGAUAUAGAUCUCUGCACUCGUCGUAGGAUGUGGUGGCAGCAAGAUGGUGUUCCUACCCAUAGGAGUCGCUUGAUCACCACAUAUCUCAACGAAAAAUUCCAUAGAAAGUGGAUUGGAAUGGGUAGUCGAACCCAUGAGUGGCCAGCAAGAUCUCCUGAUCUCACGCCUAUGGACUUUUUCCUGUGGGGUUAUGUCAAGGAAAAGGUGUUUGCGACACAACCAACAACAAUGGCAGACAUAAAACUGCGAUUUAAACGCGCUUUCCAAGGUAAGGAUAUGUAACGAUAAACCAACCAGUGAAAUACAAAGUUCACAGUAUCGCAAAUAAAGUAGAACUCCUCGAUAGAGAGACUAAAUAUCUUCUCAAUAAGAUAAGAUUUGGAAACCGAAAUAGGAAGCUGGAACGAAUCAAACGGAUAGUGAAAGUAAAUCCACGGAGAAGAACGAGGGACCUACAGUUGAAUCCGAUAUCGAAAAGGACGAGCCUAUUAAAAAAGAAGACACAUCGGUAGAACAACAAGAAGAAGAACCGGAAUUGAAAGAGAAGGGUGCUACGGAGGAUACGUAGUUCUAAUGGAAAACGAGGAAAUUUUCGAAGAGGUGUAUCAAGAACUAUAAGAAAUAAUUUACAUAAAGAGUGUGUGUGAAUGAUUAUUUGUUAUUGAGAUCGACGAUGUCUCCGUUGAUUUAGGCAAUUUUUGUAGAUGAUCUUGAUCACAGAUGCAUUUAACAUACGAAAAUCAAAGUGGGGGAUUAUCAUAUGCAUCGUUGUAGUUUCGAUAAAUUAUUCUGCGAACAAAUUUUACUUUUAUUUUAAGGAUAUGUAACAAUAACAGGAUACUUUGCGUUAUUACCAUAGUUUCAUAAGUUGUUCGAUUAACAAGUUGAUUGUACUCUUAUAACAAGUUUUGUAAAGCGUUGCUACUUGUGUUGUAUAAGGUUUAUUUUCUGUUAUGAUAUAAUUUAAUGUAUGUUUAUUAAAUGCUUCCCUUAGGA